UCUUUCCGAUUCCACGAUUUGGAUAAAUUGGGACCAUCUUUCCAGCUUUUAGCAUGAUGUCUUACCUCAAACAGCCCCCGUACGGCAUGAACGGGCUGGGGCUAGCCGGACCGGCCAUGGAUCUUCUGCACCCUUCGGUGGGGUAUCCGGCCACCCCUCGGAAGCAGCGGCGCGAACGCACCACCUUCACCCGCUCGCAGCUGGACGUGCUGGAGGCGCUCUUCGCCAAGACCCGCUACCCCGACAUCUUCAUGCGCGAAGAAGUGGCGCUCAAGAUCAACCUCCCGGAGUCCAGAGUCCAGGUGUGGUUCAAGAACCGUCGGGCCAAGUGCCGGCAGCAGCAGCAGAGCGGCGCCGGCGGCGCCAAGAGCCGGCCGGCCAAGAAGAAGGCGUCGCCGGCGCGGGAGAGCUCCGGCUCGGAGAGCAGCGGCCAGUUCACGCCGCCCGCCGUCUCCAGCUCGGCGUCUUCGUCUUCCUCGUCGUCCAACUCGUCGGGCUCGGCGGCGCCGGCCCUGAGCAACCCGGGCGGCGGCGGAGGAGGAGGAGCGGCCUCGGGGGCUUCUUCGUCCUCGGCCGGCGGGCUGAGCGGCGCCCCCGCCGCCGUGGCCGCCUCGUCCAUCUGGAGCCCGGCUUCCAUCUCUCCCGGGGCGGUGCCCGAGCCCCUGGCGCCCGCGGGCGCCGCCUCCUGCAUGCAGCGGGCGGCGGCGGGCGCCUCCACGGCCUCCUACCCCAUGUCUUACGGGCAGGGCGGAGGCUACGGGCAGGGCUACCCGGCGCCCCCGCCGCCCUCCUCCUCCUACUUCGGCGGCGUCGAUUGCGGCUCCUACUUGCCCAUGCACUCCCACCACCCGCACGCCCACCAGCUCAGCCCCAUGGCGCCCUCCUCCAUGGCCGGCGCCCACCCGCACGCCCCCCCACCCGCUCGGAGGGCCAGCUCCGGCCACCACCACCACCACCAUCACCACCACCACCACCCCCAGCCGGGGGGCUACGGGGGCGCCGGCCUGGCCUUCAACUCCGCCGACUGCUUGGACUACAAGGAGCCCGGCGCAGCAGCCUCCGCCGCCUCCUGGAAGCUCAACUUCAACUCCCCGGACUGCCUGGAUUACAAAGACCAGGCCUCCUGGCGCUUCCAGGUCCUGUGA